ACCCCUUAAAACCCUUAUGGGAAACGUCAUGGGGCGAAGGGAGAGCGCAUUGCAAUGCGCGCCAUGGAUUGUUAGGGUGUGAAUUGCGCUAGGGCAAAUGUUUGCGGUGGGGCAUUGGCGCAUCGGCUGCCGGAGGCAUUGGAUCUCUCGCGGCUGCCCUGGAUUUUGAUCGAUCUUUCGCUCGCAGCGAUUGAUCGGCGCCAGCGCCAUGGCGGGCAUCACGCCAAUGCUGUCGUCGACAUCGCUCCAGUACAAGAACGCGCUGGAUCGAAUCGCCGGGCCGCCCCAGUUUCGGUGGUUCUCGUGGACGCAGCCCGGGUGUGGGAGCCCGUGCUCGCCCGAUCAAUGCAGUGCCAGUGCCAGUGCCAGCGCCAGUGCUAGGGCGUCGUCUCGAUCCAGGAGAGUCCAGGUUCUAAAUAUUUUUGUGAGAGCCGCUUGGUGUAGUGGGAAGUUUAGAACGAGGUCUCACGAGGAGACGAGGUCCGUAGAGAGCAGCACAGCCAUCGAGAAGCGUGUCCUCACGCACUACUCGUCCGCCAGGAAGGAUUUUGACAUACUGGAGAGGCUCACAAUCUCUGAGACGUCGUCGGUGGGGUUCAUCUCGCGGGAUGAUGUUGUGUCCACGGAUCAAAGAGACUUGGAGGAAGAGAUAUGGACGAUCAAUGACAGCGCGGAGCUGUAUAAGAUCGAUGGGUGGGGCGCGCCAUACUUUUUCAUCAAUUCUAAAGGUCACGUUAGCGUCCAUCUCCAGGGGCAUCUGGAUGGCGCGGACGAACUGGACUUGGUGGAUCUGAUAGAGAGCCUCAGACGAAGAAACCUUCAGCUACCAAUGGUUCUUCGUUUCCCCGAAAUAGUGCAGCACAGGAUUCGCCAGCUGAAUGACUGUUUCAACAAUGCCAUUGCGAAGUUCAGCUAUCAGCGGCAUUUUCAAGGAGUUUUUCCUAUCAAGUGUAACCACGACCGCUAUCUCCUCGAAGACAUUGUGAAGUUUGGGGAUCAGUGUAAGUUUGGGCUAGAAGCAGGCUCUAAACCCGAACUUCUGAUAGCUAUUGCAAAGCUAAGGGGCAGUAAGGACGCGCUUCUCAUCUGCAACGGAUACAAGGAUCGGGUAUAUAUUGAGAGUGUGUUACUGGCGAGGCAGCUUGGCGUGAAUGCCAUCAUUGUUCUUGAACAGAUGGAGGAGCUAGAAAUGGUAAUCCAAGCGUGCAGAAUUUUGAAAGUUCGACCCAUGGUCGGUGUGAGGGCAAAACUAAGCACCAGACACACCGGGCAUUGGGGUGGUUCUUCAGGCGACAAAGGGAAGUUCGGUCUCACGGUGACUGAGAUCGUUCGUGUUGUGUAUACGUUGAGAAAGGAAGGCAUGUUGGAUUGCCUUCAACUCCUGCAUUUUCAUAUCGGUUCGCAAAUUCCUUCGAUCUCUAUUAUCAAAGAAGCCAUGCGCGAAGGAAGCCACAUCUUCUGCGAGUUAGCUUUGAUGGGCGCACCCAUGCAAUAUAUUGACGUCGGAGGCGGGCUUGGUAUUGACUACGACGGAAGUAAAACUCAAUCGAGUGCUUCAACAAAUUACAGCAUGCAGAAUUAUGCAAACGAUGUGGUGGCAGCUCUGGUCGAUGCUUGCAUUUUAAAAGGGGUUGCUCAACCCGUGAUCAUAUCUGAGAGCGGGCGGGCCCUGGCAUCCCAUCAUUCCGUUCUUGUCUUCGACGUUCUCAGCACGUUUGAGCGGUCCGAGAACACUUCCCUCGCAAAUCUGGAAGUUCUGACGAAUAACUCGCCUUAUAGCCAGCUGAAAGACAAUGGUCGAGGCUGCUGUGCCAACUCAAACCGUCCGCCUUGUUCAACAAGCCCGGCCGCCGAUCAAGAUCCAGGGGAGUACCUCCUUCACACGUUUGAGAAGGUCUACAAUACCAUGGACGAGUCCAACUUCAGAGAGUCAUACAGCGAUGCCAAGCAGUUCAAAUCCGAGAUAUCCAGCCUCUUCAAGCUCGGAUGCCUGAGCCUGGAGCAGCGAGCUCAAGCCGACGCGCUGUACGAAGCACUCUGCCAUCGUGUCGUAGCACUGUGCAAAGGAGAAGAUCUUCCGGACGAGCUCCAGGAGCUGAGGGACUCACUGGCCGCAGUCUACCACAUCAACUUAUCCGUCUUUCGCUCGGCUCCCGACGCCUGGGCCAUCGACCAGAUCUUCCCGAUCAUUCCACUGCAAAGGCUGACCGAGAAGCCGACUGUUCAAGCUACUCUGGCAGACCUUACCUGUGACAGCGAUGGGAAGUUUGAUCGGUUCAUCGGCGAGAAUGGCGAAGUAGCAGCCGCCCUCCCUGUUCACGAGCUGCGCAAGGGAGAGCCUUACUUGAUGGGACUCUUCCUCGGUGGUGUCUACCAGGAGGUGAUGGGAAGCGCUCACAAUCUCUUCGGUGGAACAAACAUAAUUCACGUCAAGAUCAAGCCACAGACGAGCAGCGACAUCCUUACCUCCGCCGCGGCAUUGCUCAAGAACGGCAGCUCUAGCGGCCGGGGAGGCUACACGAUCGAGAGAGUGAUCCGGGGCCAAACCAUGGAAGAAGUGAUGCGAGCCGUCCAGCACGUAGGCGACGAGAUGACCGAAGAGCUGCGAAGGGAGGCCGAGGACGCCGUCGCAAAGGGCCAUCUCUCGGUGGAAGAAGCGCAAGCACUGCUAGUGAAUUAUAAGAGAAGCUUGGGAUCCUACACUUACUUGAGCCGAUGAUAUGCUCCCGCCAAUUAUUUUAAAGCAGGAAAAAGAUUCUCUUGAUAAAAGUUUUAGGGUU